AUGUCUAAUCAACAAUUUCAACAGCAAGCUAAUUACCAACAAAAUCCCGUGAUUUACUACAAUCCCAAUCAUCAUCAUUUUGGAACAAAUAAUCCACCAUUUUUAGGCAAUGACAAUGAUAUUAAUGCUGAUAACAACAACAUAAUGUCACCACAACCACUUUUAUCAUUCUCCCCACCCCAACCUCUAUCAUUCUCACCUCAACUACAGCAGUCAUUCAAACCACUGCAACCCUUAUCAUACUUGCCACCCGAACAAUCCCAACCUCUAUCAUUUUCAUCUCAAUCACAACAACAACCUCAACCACAUCAAUGUUUACACAAUAGUAAUAAUAAUUAUGGUGGUAAUUCCGAUUUAAAUCCCAAUCCCAAUUUAACCGAUUAUUUUAGCCUUGCUAAUUUAAACAUUAAGAACAUUCCUUUAUCGAAUUACAACAACAAUGACAUCAAAUAUAACAAUGGCCUUUUAAAUUUAAACGAAAAUCUGAGUUCCGAACCUGAUUGGAGUUUUGAUGAUAAUGAACCCUGA